GUUGUCUCACAGCUUAGGCGACAUAUGGUCCGAUCUGAGAAGUACCUCUUUUGUAUUUUGUGACACUCGACUAACUCAUAGGGCACUCGGCGGCCACUGGCCGCUUAGCUAGCGGCCAUGUCUAGCGAAGACUGCAUUGCACCACCUUUCUUCUCCAUUAUCUCUGCAUUAUUUAUUUUAUCAGCAGCGACGAUCUUUGGGAGGAUUCGUGAUGCGUGGUACUUCCUAAGGCAUCCCUUUUCGAGCAAGAGCAAGGAUGGAUAUGCGCCUAUUCGCGAUAAGACCGAGGAUUUCUACAUGCGGCGAAUGUAUGGACGCAUCGUGGACUGCUGGAAUAGACCUAUUAGUAGCGCACCCGAUGCUUGGGUGGACGUAAUGGAGCGGUAUCGCGCCAAGGACACCACGGGCGUUGACAUUGCGGAGAUUGUGCCCACAGGGAACACACGCCACUGCCUCAACCUCUCGUCGUACAACUACCUUGGAUUUGCGGCCUCGGAUCCGUACUGCACUCCCCGGGUAAUCGACACCAUCCAUGAGCUCGGAGUCAGCAACUGCAGCUCGAGGGUGCACUCGGGCACCACCUCGGUGCACGUGGAGCUCGAGGAGCUGGUGGCUCGCUUCCUGGGCGUGGAAGCGGCCAUCACGUACGGCAUGGGGUUCGCAACCAACUCCUCAACCAUCCCCUCACUGGUGGGCAAGGGCUGCCUGGUGCUGUCGGACGCGCUCAACCACUCGUCCAUCGUUGCGGGCUCGAGGCUGAGCGGGGCCAAGAUCAAGGUGUUCCGCCACAACGACGCCCGGCACCUGGAUGCGCUGCUGCGUCAGAGCAUUGCGGAGGGGCAGCCGCGCUCGCACAGGCCCUGGAAGAAGGUGCUGGUUAUCGUGGAGGGCAUCUACAGCAUGGAGGGAGAGACGUGCAACCUCAAGGAGAUUGUGCAGGUUGCCAAGAAGCACAAGGCUUACAUUUACCUCGACGAGGCGCACAGCAUUGGCGCGCUCGGACCCACGGGUCGUGGCUGCUGCGAGCACUGGGGCGUGGACCCGCGCGAUAUUGACGUCAUGAUGGGCACGUUCACCAAGUCGUUUGGCUCUUGCGGCGGCUACAUUGCGGGCCGGCGGGAGGUGGUGGAGCACCUGCGCCGCCACUCGCCCGCACACCUGUACGCCUGCUCCAUGGCGCCGGGAUGCGUGCAGCAGGUUAUCUCCGCCCUGCAUGUGAUUAUGGGGCUGGACGGCUCGGACCGGGGCGCUCGCAAGGUCGCCCAACUGCACGACAACGCCAACUAUGUGCGCAGCCGCCUGCUGACCAUGGGCAUGGACGUGCUGGGCAGCUGGGACUCCCCCGUCAUGCCCAUCAUGACCUACAGCGCCUCCAAGAUGGUGGCCCUCUCGCGCGAGUGCCUCCGCCACCACCUGGCCAUGGUCAUUGUGGGCUUCCCCGCCACCCCCGCGCUGCUCACCCGCGCCCGCAUCUGCAUCAGCGCGGCGCACACGCGGGAGGACCUGGACUGGGCGCUGGAGCAGCUUGGGGACGUUUCUGCGCUGUGCAUGCUGCUCUACCGCACUCGCGCCUUGUACGAGCGCAUAGAGGCGGACCUGAAGGAGCACGUGGCCAGGCACGUGGGACCCGAGGCGGCAGCCCGCGCCACCAUUGCCGACAUUGCAGCAGGGCGCUUCAGCAUCCGGCCGGUACGGUCGCAGCAGCAACAGUCAUCCCGCGCACUGCCGGCACCAGCGACUGUCGCUGUGGAAUCCUCGGCAGCGGAGGAGAGGCAGCAGCAGGAGGAGGGACAGGGGCACGUGCAGCCAGCGCGGUCGAAGCGCUCGCGCGCCAAGAGCUCUUCCCAGGAGGGGGCGGCGGAGAAGGAGGUCGUGGUGACGGCUUCGCCGGCGGCGUCGCCUGCGUCCCCGGCGGCGGGUGCGGCUGCGACGGUGGCGUUGCGGACGCGCAGUGCGGUGAAGGCGCACGCGAAGGCGUACGUGCAGACCAAGGCGGCAGCCUCUGUGGUGAAGAAGUGAAGGGGGAGUGUGGGUGGUGGGUUGCGGUCGGUGAUGUUGGAGGAGGGGAGAGCGGAUAAGGGUAGAAGCUGAGGAGUGAGAGGAAAGGGUUGGUUGUUACGGCGACAGAGAACCAAACGGGGGAUGUGGUGUUAGGUACGCAGUGAAUUUCGGAAUAGGGAUAACGGCCGUCUUGGUGUUUUCUUUUUCCAGUGUCGCAGGGGCGGGACGCUGUCAGGAUGCACUAGGUUUUGGAGAAGGCUAGUGCAGUGGACUAUCGGACAACGGGAAGGGCGCUCUUUCGGACGCAGGCAUGGUGGCUCGGGUUAUGGGGUUUGAGGGUUCGUACGUUUUGCUAGGCGGGGGCGGGUGGCGGAUACCGACGUGAGUUCCACGAAGGGAAAUUUAUCUUCUCAUUGUGGUGUACAGGUUGUUUGUACGGUAGUGCGCAUCCAGACAACAGUACCUUGUCUCUCGAGUUCCAAUAGUUCUCUCGGACAAGUAUGGCAAACGCGCGUGCUGAUUAAGACGAAGCACGGGGCACGAUACGGCUAAAAAGGAUAGGCGGUGCAGGGACGUGCGAUGCAUGGGAAAUGUUACAGGUGUUUCUGCACGGAAUAGGGGUAGAAUUGGAAUGGUACUGUUAUGGAGGCGGCCUAGGGCACACAGGUUGUGGUUUGGCACCACCUCUUUAGUGAUCUGGUCUCAACAAGGUGUAGCGUGCGUGCCUUCUUGACAUAGUAUGUUUGCAUGCAUGCGCGCGUGCAUGUUGCGUUUUGUUCCGUAGGCCUUGCUGGGGUCCCAGUUGGGCGACUGAGGGUGCUGCGUUUGCAAUCGAGAGCAACUACCGGCUGCUUUGAGCUCGUUUAGCGACGUGUAACCAGGGUGUGGCCCGUAGA